CCUGUCUCUCUUCUCCCAUCCCAAACCCAAACCAGAAAAGAGAGAGAGAGAAAGAAAGAGUUGAAUCUCUCGUUCACCAUUUUCCUUUUCAUUUCCCCAAACUCAAACCCUAAACCACAUCCAAUCCAAUCAAAUCCAAUCCAGAUCUGUAGUUCAUAUACCCAAUCAUCUCAUCAGCUGAUUAAUGGUGGCAAGGAUUCGAUCUUCAACGAAUUUUGGGAUUCUUUAUUAUUAUUAUUGUUAGGAUAUAUAUAUAUGUAUAUUCCUUAUGAAAAAUGGAGGAAGUAGAUGUAGAAGAAGUGGAAACUGAACAAGAUUCAUCACCACCACCACCUCCGCCUCCGCCGCCACCACUGCCUCCUCCUCUACCUCCAUCUUGUUUGCUUGCGAUUACAGAUGGGAACGCCCACGAGGACCACGUCUCUAAAUUGGAACUGAAGCGUCACCGAGAAUGUCUUCUUGAAGAACAAGAUCCCGAAUCGGAUCAAUUUCCAUACAAGAAACAAGCCAAAGAGGUUUCCAAUGACGAUAUACGUUCCGAGGUCACUAAUCCAAUCAUCGCUUCCAAUCAUUCUAUGUUUCAUGAUAUAACUAGCCAACCAGCUCUGUUGCCAGCUGAUAAUAAUGAUAAUGAUGCUGCUCUUGCUGUUGAGUGCGGCGAAAUCACUUCCACCUGUUCGGGGAAUUCCAUUUCUGAGGAGACAUUGAGCGAAGAGCCUUGCGCCAGCGGUGGUAGCCGUAGUGGCAGUGGCGGCGAAACUUGUGGGAAUGAAAAUGAUGUUAUUACUACAUCUCGUAUUGUAUUGGAGAUUCCUGAGCAUGCUGCUUUGUCUGGAAUUCGAAAAAUCACAUUUACUCUGAAUAAAAGGAAGGACUCUUGUUUAUUGACUCCACAACACCACCAACGAACCAGUGGCUUAGAUACAGUAUCAUCUUCGUAUGAGAUGCCUGAAUGUUCUGAACGCAGAGGCUAUGCUGACACUAGCAAUGCUCAGUUAUGCGCUCCUAAUUUGGAAUUGAAAAUGUCUAAGAAGGUACUGCCAAGCAGCUACCCUACAAAUGUGAAAAAACUAUUAUCAACUGGUAUUCUUGAUGGUGCGAGGGUCAAGUAUAUAUCGAGCUCCUCUGAGAAACAGCUAGAGGGGACUAUAAGUGGUGGUGGGUAUUUGUGUGGUUGCUCGUUCUGCCGCUUCACAAGUGUUCUCAGUGCGUACGAGUUUGAGCAGCAUGCUGGUGUCAAGACUCGACAUCCUAAUAAUCACAUCUAUUUGGAUAAUGGGAGACCUAUUUAUAGCAUCAUACAAGAAUUGAAGACUGCACCGGUUGGCCUGCUUGGUGAAGUCAUCAAAGACUUGGCUGGUUCAUCUGUCAAUGAGGAGUAUUUCAACAUCUGGAAAGCAACUCUGCAACAAAAUGAUGGAAAUGCUAAAGUGUCUAAAAGGCAUCAAAUGAAUAUUCCCAGAUUGCCACAUUCACUUGUAGGGUCCUCUGUUCCAGCAUUAGAUGAAAGUGUUAGCCCUGCCUCAUUUUCCUUUCCACAUGGCAACUCUAAAUGGCCUAUUUAUGGAGGAACAGUAGAACACCAGAAACGCAUAAUGAAUAAAUCAAGCUCUUAUGUUCCUAAGUCAGCAAUGCAACAUAAGAAAACUACUGAAGGAGGCACUAGGAGAAGGGAUAACGAUCUUCACCGCUUACUCUUUAUGCCAAAUGGACUUCCUGAUGGUGCCGAGUUGGCAUACUAUGUGAAGGGACAGAGGAUGCUUGGUGGCUACAAGCAGGGAAAUGGUAUAUUCUGCAAUUGCUGCAAUAGAGAGGUUAGCCCUUCCCAAUUUGAAGCUCAUGCCGGAAUGGCUGCUAGGCGUCAACCUUACCGUCACAUUUAUACGUCCAACGGAUUGACACUGCAUGAUAUAGCAAUUUCAUUGGCUAGUGGGCAAAGCCUUACAACUGGUGAUAGCGAUGACAUGUGUGCGGUUUGUGGAGAUGGCGGUGAUCUAAUACUUUGUCACGGAUGCCCUCGGGCUUUCCAUGAAGCUUGUUUGGACUCAACACUGGUUCCACAAGGUGAUUGGUAUUGUCUAAGUUGUAAAGACAAGUGUGAUCCUGGUAGAAAGACGGCUGCUGGAGAACCGUCCAGCAUUUCAAGACCCAUUGUAAUUAGGUUGACACGAGUUGUUAAGGCUCCUGAAAUUCAAAUUGGUGGCUGUGUUGUUUGCAGGGCCCACGAUUUCAGUUCAGCUAAAUUUGAUGAGCGAACAGUUAUGUUGUGCGACCAAUGCGAGAAGGAAUUUCACGUUGGCUGCUUGCGUAGCAGUGGACUUUGCGAUUUAAAAGAACUCCCAAAGGACAAGUGGUUUUGUUGUGAUGACUGCAGUAGGAUUCAUAUAGCUCUACAAAAUUUGGUAUCACUCGGACCGAAGACUGUUCCAGCUUCAUUAUCACAUGUCAUAUUUAAGAAGCAUGCAGAUAAAGGAUUGUUUAUUGAUGGAGCAGAGGAUGAUAUUCAAUGGCGAAUUCUAAGUGGAAAAAGCCGAUAUCCAGAACAUCUGCCAUUUCUCUCAAGGUCUGCUGCUAUUUUCCGGGAGUGUUUUGAUCCUAUUGUAGCAAGAUCUGGUCGUGAUUUGAUUCCUGUUAUGGUGUAUGGAAGAAACAUUUCUGGUCAAGAGUUUGGAGGAAUGUACUGUGUGGUCUUAACCGUGAGGUCUGUUGUUGUAUCAGCUGGUCUUCUUAGGAUUUUUGGUCGCGAGGUAGCCGAGCUUCCCAUUGUGGCGACAAGUAGAGAACACCAAGGGAAAGGGUAUUUCCAAGUAUUAUUUUCGUGUAUAGAGAAGUUGUUGAAUUCCCUGAAUGUCAAAAACAUUGUGCUUCCUGCGGCUGAGGAAGCCGAGUCAAUAUGGACAAACAAGUUUGGAUUCACUAAGAUGACUGAUGAUCGAGUGUCAAAGUAUAUGAGAGAGGUGCAAUUUACUAUUUUCAAGGGGACAUCCAUGUUGGAAAAGGCAUUGCACCAGCACCAGCACCAGCACCAGCACCAGCACCAGCACCAGAAUAGCUUAUAGCUUUAUAGCUUAGCUUAUUAUUAUUAUUGUUAUUUUAUUUUUUUAAAGUUAUUCUAUUUUGUUUUGUGAAACUAUUUCAUUUCCUGUAAUAUGGGUUUCUUUCUUUAGAGGAUAGAGUGAGUGAGUGCAUCUGAGUUGGGUUGGUGGGAAAGAGAGGAAGAGAGAUGUAUUGUAUAAAAAAAAAUGAAGAGGAGAUGAGAGCAGUGCAUGCUGACUUUUUAUAAUGCAUGCAUUACCCGUACUGUUUUUUUAA